CUCCAUACAUCAAGUUUGUUAUUGGUGUGUUUUCUCAUCAAAUUCACAACAACUAUUCCAGUGCAAUGACCAAGUUUAUACAUUACUUAACAAAUAAGUGCAAGAUGAGAAGACCGACAUAUUUAUCUGUUUAAGAAAAAUUUACAAAGGAAACAAUGAAUUUAAUUAUGAGUUUAUGGAAUAAAACCCACUAAUAGUAGGAAGAGUAGAUAAAACUUCUCCAAUGUGAAGGUUGUACAAUAUAGCAUGACUCACCCUAAAGGACCCCACAAGGGUGAGAAUCUUCCAUUUUGGUGUAUGUUUUCAGAAUUAACUCUUCCCACCUUUUUUUUUCUUCAUUUAGUAUUCACAAUUUUACAUAUAUAACCCCUCCAACGGUCUCCUACACUCCAUCAUAAUUCAUAGUGCUAAUUAAUUUGUCUCAUUUCCCCAACAACUACUUUUGUUUCAAAAUUCAAAACAAUAAUAGUGUGUGUAUGUGGUAGAGAGAGAAUUUAUAUACAUUUUUAGUUUUAAAUUCAAAAUUUUCAUUAGUAAACAUUGCAACGUGAGACACACAACACACAAACCUCUCUUCAUUAGUAAAAAAUUAAUUUCUAUUUACACAACCAUGCCACCAAAGAAAGGGAAAGCAAGGAUGAAGAAAAGGAAGAACUUGGGUGAGUCAACAACCAAAGUUAACAACCAGUCAGAGUCUAGGGAUUGCCCUGUCUCUACUAGAAGGCGAUUAAAUUUGGAUUCCACAAUGAUUUCUGAUCUCCGUUGCACUUUGAGAUCUUCUGGUCGCCGAUGCUCUUUGAGAUCCUCUAAAAUGCCUGUUGAAACCGGAACAACAUCUUUGUCAAGAUGUUCACGCCCUCAUAUAUCAAGAGGACAUUCUGCUGCCCCUGAUGACAUUCAACAGCUUGAUAUUCCAGCUCAAACUAUCAAAACUGCAUAUCAAGUUCCAGAAGAAAGUUCUCAUCAAAUAGCUGAUCCUCCCACAUUGGAACCAGAGCUGGGACAUAAAGAGGCUGAAAAUGUUGAAUACUCGACAGUAGGUGGACGAGAAAUGAUGGAUGAAGAAGAUAAGGCUGAAAAUUCACCGUCCAACCAUUCAAGCCUAAUGGUUAGAAAAAAUACAUUUGAAGAAGAAAGGAUCCCUAUGGUUGAGGAUGUAACAAAUGAGAAUCAUAUGAAGUGUAUUUCAAGGACUGGAUGUUCAUCCCCAUCCUUUAGCCUCAAACUAACUCAACUGGUUUCCAUGGCGGGAGCGGAAGAUGAUGAGGUUGAUUCUGAAAUGCAAAGCCAGCCUGAGGACAUGGUUAAUAUAUAUCAAGUGAAGCCAGAAUUUAUGUCGAUAUUAAGAAAAAUUAUCGGCAAACAUGGAGAUAUUACCAAGAAUUGUGUGACAAAGUCGGUGAAAUUUCGUUCAGCUUUCUUGGAUACGAUCUGUGAAAUAAUAUCAGAUUUGGACAAAAAGGAUAUUGCUAACAUCAAAGGAAAUGACCUGAAAAUUAAGAUCGGUGACGUUAAUGACAUAAAAAAUCUGAAAGUGGAAGUUGAGUGGCUUCACACCAGGCUAACUGAGAUACUUGAGGCAAGGCAGAUUCUUAAGAAGAGUGGCACAUUGAAGGAAAAAAAAGACAGCAUUAGGAAGUUCAUUGAAAUAGCUGAGGGUGAAUUGAAAGAGUGUGAAGUAGAGAAGAAGAAAGUGUCUGAGAAGUUGAAGGAAUUGUCAGAGAAGUUGAAAGCAAUAUGUGAUAAAGAGGCUGAUUGGAAAGAGAGAUUGACUAGAAUGCAGGAUGAGUCUACCAAAACAUCUCAAAGAGUAAAAGAUGUCAAAUCUAAAGUCAGACGAUUUGUUGAUUGCUCACUAAUUGAUGGUUUGCUUUAGUAUGUUGUAAUUUCUUCUCCUCUUUUCUGUUUUUCCUUUCAUGGUACUGGUUUAAGACUGUUAUUUCCCAACUCAUGCAUGCGUGACUUGAACAAUUACUCGUGGAAUUUGGUGGCAAAGUGUAAGAUUAUGGCGAAGUAUUUAUGCAUGGUGAUUUGAAUUUCCA